AGGUGAUAAGGUAACACCACCAAGACAGCUGUUAGUCUGACAGCUAACAUAUGCGUGGUGUAUUUAGCUAAUUUCAAAAGUUUGUCCAAAGUGAACUUGCAAUGUGUUCGUUUACAUACUGCUAAUUUCAUAUAAAUUUUUCAAUUUAGUUUCAGUAUAUUGAGGAGAUUUGGAAAAUUUCAAGCGAACGUCUGUGGAAAAUUACUAAAACUUAGCAAUGAGGUGCUAUUACGAAGAAUUGGGAGUCGCACGCGAUGCAACCGAUGGUGAUAUAAAGUCUGCAUAUCGCAAAUUGGCAUUGCGUUGGCACCCGGAUAAAAAUCUUAAUGCUGUAGAUGUGGCCAAAGAACGUUUCCAGUUGAUACAACAAGCUUAUGAAGUUCUGUCUGACCCACAGGAACGGGCAUGGUAUGAUAAUCAUCGCGAUCAAAUAUUGCGAGGCAAAAACUCUGACUACACUGAAAACUGUUUGGACGUUUUUGAAUAUUUCUCAUCCUCAUGUUUCCGUGGAUACGAGGAUGACGAAAAUGGCUUCUAUGCAGUUUAUCGAGAGGUAUUCGCGAAACUUGCUGCAGAGGAUGCUGAAUUUAUGGAUGACGAUGGUGAAAUCGAAAAAAUUCCCGCCUUUGGUGAUUCUAAAAGCAGCUAUGAGGAGGUUGUUGCACCUUUCUAUGCCUAUUGGCAGUCAUAUUGCACAAAGAAACCAUAUACAUGGCUUUGUCCAUAUGAUGUGAAAGACAUAAGGGAUCGUCGAAUAUUGCGUGAGGUUGAAAAAGAAAUGAAAAAGGUUGUACAGAAGGCACGAAAAGAGAGAAAUGAAGAGGUGAAAAACUUAGUGUCAUUUGUGCGCAAGCGAGAUAAACGUGUGCAAGCAUACAAAAAAUUACUGGAGGAGCGAGCUGAGCUUAACCGUAAAAAGCAAGAGCAGAAUAGACUGGAGCAAAUACGCAAGCGACAACGUGAGGUGGAAGAGAUGCGUCAAAAUCAGAAGCAGAGCGACAAUAAUAACGAUGAGUAUGAAGCACAGCUGAAGCAGUUGGCACAGGAUUAUGGGGACAGCAGCGCUGAAGAGGAAAGCGAAACUGAGGAUGAAGAAAAAGUGGAAAAUGAAGAUGAUGUACUAGAGUCCGCGGAAGAGCAAUUGUAUUUGGAUGAUCUCUAUUGUGUAGCAUGUAAUAAAGCAUUUAAGAACGAGAAUGCAUAUGCAAAUCACGAAACGAGCAAAAAGCACCGGGAAGCCUUAGAACGUAUGAAGCUCGAAAUGCAAGCUGAAGAAGUAGCUUUUCUAAACAGUAAUGAAGAUGAAGAACAUAGUGUCGAAUUACAGGAUAGUGAAAUUGAAGAAUUAGAUACUGACAAUUCUAAAGAUGAUAAAGAGAUUGAAGAUAUAUCAGAAGAAGUAGAUUCAUCUGGAAAUGUUCAAACAGAUUACCAUCAAGAAGAAAAAGAUUCCAAUAAAGAGGAAGAAUUAUUGGGCAACGUCAAGUUUAAAAAGAAUAAAAAGACACGAAAAAGUAACAAACUCAAUAAAUCUCUGCCGCAACCAACCCAUGAGGUAGAAACUUUGUCAUCUGGUUUUCUGACACAUGUAAAAUUUGAUACAAGUGAUGAAGAGGACUGGAACAACCGAAGUAAAAAAUCAACGCGAAAAAAUAAAAAACAAGGGAAAAAGACUGUUGUGGAAGAUAAAGAUGCGAAAAUAAUAGACAAAGGGAAUACGUCGGUUGUAACUAUUGAAACUGAUGAACCUUUUCCGAAAUUUGUACCCAAGACAAAGGAAAAAUCAGACAACAUAAAGGAAAAAGAGAGCAUAGAUUCGUCUGCAACAACAUACGUGUGUGUCACCUGCCAUGCAAAUUUUCAGUCUAAAAAUAAGCUUUUUGCUCAUCUAAAGAUAACCAACCAUGGUGUCUACAUACCAAAAACGAAGACGAAAGUAAACGCAGCAGCACCAGACGGUAAGGGUAAAAAAAAUAAAAUAAAACGGAAGUAGAGACAAAUCCAUUGUAAAUUUUAGUGUUAUACGUCAUUAUCUGUUGUAAAAAGUGUAAUUUCUGUUAAAGAAAUUGUAAUAAUUGAACAUUUAAAUUAAAUAUUUUUUGUAUUUAUUUGUAAUUUGAAAAAUUUGUUCUGUACAAAUAUACGGAAGUAAUUCGGUGCUCUAUUUGUAGAAAAAGAUUUGUGAAUAUGUUUGGACCUGAAGAAACAAAAUUAUAUAAUAACUAUAAUAUUUACACAUAUAAAUUGUGUAUUGUAACAAAUAACUAAAUUCGAUUCCAAUGUUCAAGGAACCGACUAUUUUAAAAGGAUAUCUAGGUCAAGUCACUUUGAUUAACUAUCAAAAACUAUUUACAGUGUGUAUUACAAGUAUAUGGCAAAAGGUUGGAUUUAGGACUUGAAAAUUAUACAAUUGAAGGUGCAUGCUUUGUAUGACGCUUUAUUCGAAA